CCGUGGGAAACGUACCAAACAAUCAUGGCGAAUACCUAGCCGCAAUUUAACUUUUAAGUAGAUAUCUUCCGGCUCUUUUGGAGCUGUGUCUGCUUAUAAUGUGUUUCUGUUGUUCAUUUAUUUUAAUUAAGUUUUCAUAAUAAUUGAAAAUGAAUGAUUCUAACGUUUGGGCUAUCAAGCCUCGAGUUGUUUAUUCAGCUUCCCAAAACCCUUCGGCACACAACGACUCCAAUGUUCGAUACACAUGGGCAGGCCCCAUCAAUUCACAGGUAUCAACUUUUAGUAUUUAUACGUUUAAAAAUUAGUGUGUAUGUCUUGCCUGGCUUUAAAGAAAGAGCAGUCUUCUUUUUUUAAAGACUGGUACAUAUUAAUGACACUAACUUAAGUAAAAAUUGAGCUCAGUCAAGAUGCCUAUGUUUAUGAUAUAUUUGGAAAUUGUGUAGCCUACUUAAAAUAUAAAAAAAAUUAUCAAAUUUUCAAACUAAAAUAUUAUCUAACUAAGCUUUAUGGAGACUCCUUGAACCAGUUGACUCAAAUUACAAGAUAUAAUCUUGCUAAAUUUGAAAGAAUGAACAGUGCACCACAACAAUCAAGAAAUAAACAUUCUGAACAAAGUAUUGGUAAGUUUUACAAAAUUUUGUACGUAGAUUUAAUCAAACUCACGUAUAUCAUAAUUAGGUAAUUCUGUUGGUAUUGGCAAUAUGACAUGAGUGAUACCUAAAUAUUUUCUUUAGAUUCUAAACUCUAAAAGAACCCAGCAACCAUCAGGCAAAUAAUUCGUUUAAACAUUUAAAAUUAUUAGUCAUCACCAGCUUAAUUCCUUAAAAAGAGCUAAAAAUAUACAAGUUUGUUAGCUUUCAAAAACCACUCUAAUCAGUAAUGGUUAUCGUGACAAAAAUGACAGGGGCUUCAUACAAAUGAACUUUUUUUUAUAAAAAGACUAAGAAAUGAGGUGAUAUAUGGAAAAGAAUAGUUAUCUAAAAUAUAUUGUUCAUAUGCAAAACAGGACAUUCAUCAUGGCAUGAUUCUAGUGUAAUGUUUGCACCAAGAAGUUUGUGGAAUUCUCCAACAGGAACCAUGCAGGAAGAUGAUGUUUCAUCACAUAACUCAGAUACAGGUUGAAAAUGUAUUUCUUUUUUGCCCCUUUAUGAUUAUUCUAUAAAUAUCAAAUAUGCUAAUUAUGCAAAAAAUGUGAUAAUUAGUGUAAUAAAAAAGUGACUAAAAAUAUGUUGUGGCCUAUUGAUAUAUAAUUAAAAAGUGGCAAGUUUUUAUCAGUGUUCAAUUCCAUAUUUAGCCAUGCAGAACUUCUGAGUAAUUUUCAACAAAGUGCUUUUUUUAACAUUUUAAAAUCUAAUUUAAUUAUUUUAUAUUUUGUUUAAAAAAGUAGGAUACACAUUUUUCAGAUAUACUCUGAAGGCUCUGCAUUUUUAGGAAUGAAUAUUUGUUUCAAGAGAUAUCAACUCAAUUUUUUAACUCUGAUCAUAAUUUUUCAGGUCCAAGAAACUUCUGCUACCUUUGUUCUACAAUGGAAGAACACCGCCUACAUAUGGUGAUUAUUAUUGCUACUUGCUAUAAUGUUGAAUUUUAAAUUUAAUGAAGAGUAAAUAACAACUUGUCUUACAUCACUGGCUUGAAUAUUAGUAAUGUCUUUUUUUUUUAAGGGACAAAAAUGUAAUGUGUCUAUAUGCAUUUGUGUCUAUGUAACUAUGUUUUUAUGUGACUAUGUGUCUAAGUGUUUAUGUGACUGUGUCAAAAUGAAAUAUAAUCAGUUUUAUUAUAGUUUACAUAAACAGUUUGAUCAUAGUUUACAUAAACAGUUUGAUCUGAUUUCUCUUGACUGUUUAAAAGCAAUUACAUAAUUAGCAUAAAGAAUGUCUUUAAUACAGUAAUUACUUAACUAAUUAACCAUCUAUUUACCAUGAUGAAGCAAGUUCCAAAGAAAAUGAAAGGAAAUGCAAGGCCCAAGUUAAAGUAUAUAGCACCUCCCCCAAGAGUCAGGAUACAAAUGACAGAAGAUUUACCCUUGGAACAUUACAAUAACAGAUACAAAAUUGUUGUGUGGACAGGAGACAAACCAGAAUCCUUGACUGAUGCCAAAGUAGGUUAUUUAAAAUUUUAAAAAAAAAACACCUUUGCUAAAAUAGUGACAAAACUAUGUUAAGAUCAUUCUAAUUUAUUUGCUGGAAAAACAAAUACAAACUAAUGAGAGCUAGGCUGUUUGGGGGUGGGGGGGUUAGGAAUAAAUCUGGUUAUUUUCUUAUCAUUAAGUGACAGUUGCAUCUUAAGCAAACAUAUAAAAUAUGUAUGAUGCACUUAUGGUGAUUAAUUAAUCACAUAUUUUUGUAUGAAUUUUAAUAUUUUGCAGGUGUUUGUAACCAUCACAGGAAAUAAAAAUGUACUUCACCGGACCCAGUUAUAUCGGGGGAGUCUUACGAAAAAAUUCUUUUUCCUCAGAGGAUCAGUGGAAACAUUUUUUGUCAAAGCACCAAAACUGGGAAAUCUGGAGGUCCUAACCCUUGAAGUGAGGACAAAUGUCAAGUGAUACCAUCUCCAUUGUCUAUGCUUUGAUGAAAUUUCAGUUUUUUAUUUGAGUUAAUAUGUUAUGCCUAUAUGGUAAACAAAUCUGUAUGCAUUUGUUUAUGAUUCAGAAAAAUGUUAGCAUCAUUUCAAUAGCUAUGUUCAUUAAUCAGCUAAUGGACCUUAUAUUGUAGUCUUGAUUAAUUUUCUCUAAGAAACUUACUCAGCAUUAUUCAUUAUAGUCUAUACAUUUUUUUUCCUUCAAGGUCUAGAUUCUCUGUUUAGCUAAAUAAAUUGAUGGAAACAUGUUUCAUGAAUAAGAUAUUGAAACUUAUUUACAUUCAUGUUUUGUUAUUUUUUUAGCAUGAUUGUGAAAACACUGAACCAAGACGCAGCUGGUACUGUGAAAAGAUUGAAGUUACCUGUAUGAAAACGCAGAAAAAAUGGCUUUUUGUUUGCAACAAUUGGCUCUCCUUUGACAAGGGAGACUUCAUGGCCAUACGAGACCUUUACGCCAAUGCUGUGGAAAAAACUAUGCAAGGUAUGGAAUUUGUUUAACCUUCUCUCCUUUCUAAGUUGUAAGAUUGCCCUUAACUUCUUUGGCAUCAUGAGAUAUAUUUCGCUUGAUUAAUUCAAUCCCUUAUUAAAAUAAAUGAUAAUGUUGAAGAGAGCAGUUGUGAUUGUUUAAUGAAAAAUAUGUUCAAAUCUUUGAAUGUUUUCUUGCAUGUAUGUUCCCAGCAGAUUCACAUACUAUUAUUAUCAUUUUACACUUGCAUAGGUCAUAAACUUUAAAGUCUCUUCAUGUUUUAAGUUCAGGGUCUAUAAAAGUGGAUCCCAGAUAUAUUUAUUUUUCCAGACUGAGAACCACCGGCCCAUCUUUCACCAUUCUUUAUUGUGAAUGUAAAAAGUGAUAAUAAUAAUAAAAAAAUUUUUUCUAGAAGUAGCCUGACCAGACUUUCACUGGUUUCAGCAUUAUCAUUCAUGCAUUUGGUUUGUUUCCGCACCCCCCUUUCUUUUAUUGCCUAGAAUACACUUUGAUAGUGAGGACUGGGAAAAAGCAGUUAGCUGGAACUAAUGCUAGAGUGUUUGUAACUUUCUAUGGGGUCCAAGGCUCAUCACCAAAAUGUCAACUAUUAGCCGACAAUAUGAAGAAUCGUUUUCAAAAAGGCAGCGUUGAUGAGUUCACUGUAAAGUUUCCAGACAUUGGAAAAAUCCGGUCUAUGAGGUGAGCUGCUUCCCUUGAUCAAAUUAUGGGUCAACUGGGUUCAACCAGCUGUGUAAAAAUGACAGAAAGACAGGCGUGCUAAGGCAGGAAUGGUGUGUGUCUUGGGGGUUUUGGGUUACUGUAGGUAGUAACUGCGUACAGCUAGCAUCAUAAUGACUAAGUCUAGCUGCCAGUAGCAGAGUUAAUGUGUAACUAGUAGUAUAUUUGAUACAGACAUUAUGGCUAUUUAAUUUUAUAAUUGUAAUCUAGAAUAACCCGCUAAACAAUUCUGUGGGUGAUGUGUGAACUUCUCAUCUACUAUUGUUACUUGACAAUCAUUGAAGUAACGGAAUUUUAUUUAGCACACCUAUUGAAAUCUACGUGAUUGCUAUACAUGGAUACCUAUAGAAUUUUUAAUUGUGAUAUCUACUAGUGUGGUAAUUUUAGGAUUCUUAAACUUAGCAUGUCUUUAGAGAAACGAACAUUUCAAAUUAGAUACAAAAGACAAAUGUUGUUGUUUUUUAAAUUUAUACCACAGCAAGUGAUAUGAAAUCUCUCUUCUUGUCUUUUUUUCAAGUUUCUGAUAAAAUAAUUUGAUGACACAUUUAUUUCUCACUCACAGAAUUGAGCAUGACAACAAAGGUUUCGCCUCUGGGUGGUAUUUAGAAAGAGUGAGUAUUUUUCUUUUCUCAUGAUGAUUUUUAGAAAGAGUGAGCAUUUUUCUUUUUAUGAUGACCCCUGAGAUCAACGGUAAGUUUCAGACAUAGGCAUUAGUAUAUUAGUUUCAGUUAAAGGGUGAAAUGGCAAAUGUAGCCUAUAUGUUAUUUUGGUUGGUGCAGGUAAAUGAAGAAAGUGGGCAUAUUUAUUCAUUAGAACUAUGAGAAAAAGAAUAAUUUUCUUUUAACAAAUAAAACUAUUUUAAUAAAGGUUGUUGAAACAGAAAAAAGUCUUAAUAUAUUCUCAAAUGUAACACUGAAAUAUAAAAAAAAUUUAAAUCACUGUAUGGACAGACAACCAAUUAUUGUUUCCCAAACAGAUUGACAUGCAGAGCCUAACUGACCCUAAAAUUAGAUAUCAUUUUGUGCUGAAUGGUUGGAUCGCCAAAGACAUUGGGGAUGGGCAUCUGUGGAGAGACAUAAAGGCCAAGACAAAACUGCCCAAAGAGAUCACAUCAGGUUAGUCUUGCUCACACGUCACUCUGAGACAAUUGUUGGUCUCAAUUAAUUGUAAUGGGGGAUUCUUUUUUUUUUUUUUCCCUUUUUUUUUAUGGCACCUAUCUGUCACAAUGUGACGAUGUUGUAGAUUUUAAAGGAUGAAAUAAUAAGGCCUGGGAUCAUUCUUUUAGGAGGAUAAGCUGGUUCCAUGGUCAUCGAAUGGCCAAUGUACACACACCUGGAUAACCCAGCUUGGCACCAGCAGGAGUUGCCGGAAUUUUUCAUUUAGUUAAUGUCAUACUGCCUAUGGGAUUCCAUAUCCGGGUUGGAAUUCAGAGUUUUACUUCGCUUAGAUGCGUUGUCAUCCAAGUUUAACGAGUCCAAUCCACCCGUGUGGUGCUUGUGAUGUUUUUGCUUGCCUACGCUUUUCUGGGAUUUGAACAAGCUUGGAAUUGACACGAUAUAGAGUGCACAGCCAUCCAGCCACGGAAAGGGCUUCUAAUUUUUUAACAUUUUAAUAAGUUUUUAUGGAGCCAACUUGAGCUCCUCUUGAUUGAGCAUCCAUGAAAUGUCAUGUUAAUCAAUGCAGAUUGUUUCAUUCGGCAAACAUGGUCAACCACUACGUCAAGAGUUUUUAAAAAAUAUUUUCUUUAAAAAAUUAUUGUCCCAGCUCAGAUGCGUUCAUCAUGUGCUUUUAUAUUAAAGGGAGAGAAUUAAAUGUCUGGUUAAACCAAAAAAUAAAAAUAGAACUGGCUAUUUCCCUUAUUUUCAAUCAAUAAAAAAAUAUUUUGCUAAACAUAUUUAAGUUGAAAUUUUAAUAACAUUAUACUCAUAAAAGGCUUUAUUAAAUAAAAGUCAUAAUCAGAGACCAUGUAGCAGCACUACUGUCGACUAUGCCGCAUCACGUAUUUCUUGUUACUUUGAUAUAUAACUAGUGACAGAGCAACAAUGUGACGCUCAUCUUCCUCUGUGCCUUCAGACACUGUUUUGUUAUUUUUCUUAUUUUGAGGAACUCAGCUCUUAAAUUAUUGGUUGUGGAUAUCUAGACAACCCAUAGUGUAAGCAUCUUGUUAUAUUAGAAUCCGUAACUUUGUACUAUGCUAUGACAGCAUCUUCUGCUCAUGUCACCAUAAUUUAUACUGAGAAAAGUGGGAGUCUACAGUCCAUCAGUUCUAGUGUCUCUCUAGUUGAUCUAAGAUUUUAUGGUUUUCUUUUUUCUUUUUUUUUUUAAAUAUAAAUCUUUGAACACCAUUCCGUUAAACAAGUUUUUGCAUUAACCAGGGUUUUAAGAUGAGAUUUAUUGGAGAAAAAAAAAUGUACUCAAUUCUUGUAACCUUGUAAGUUAAUUUUAACUUUUCAAAUUAAUGCUUGAUUUUGUAAACUAAUUUAAUUUUUCUUCUUGUUCACAUGUCCAGCUCCUAUCAGGCCAAUAGUUGUACACAAAGGUUUAAAUAUUAUGUGUCAUGUAUUUAUACAAAGAGUGUUCAUCAUUUCACCUAUUUCGAAUAAAAAAUUGCCCCUUUUUUUAAUAUUUAUUUUCAUCAAAAUUUGAAUAGAUGAUUUUUAUAAUUUUAGAUCCUUAGCAGUUUCUAUUUCUUUCAAAAACAAAUUUUAAAUAUUACAAUGAGAAAUUUGUUUCAUUUUUUUUUACCUAUGUACUAUUUACUGAGGAAUUUUUUUUUCUUCAUUGAAUGUUUUGAUUUUCUUCAUAUUGUAUGAUUUUGUUUUAGAUCACAUAAUUUAUCUAAAGAGUUCCCCACUUUUACUUAAAACUACACUGCAAACAAUUUGAGUUGCUUUUUUUUUUAGGAUGAAAGACAAACCAAAGUCAGAGUCAUAAUUUAAUUUUUAUGAAGUAAUUCUUCUUUUAAGUUAAAACAACAAUUAGUUAAUAAGGUUUGGCUUAAAGAGGUGAGAAAAUGUUAUCAUGGAACGGAACAAAAUACAAAAAUUUUGAAUGGACAUAACUUAAGUGCUUAAAAUUAUAUAAUGACUUUAUUUGGAUUUUUACAAGACAGAAAUCUAAUAGAAAAAAACAAAUAAUAUAAAGACUUUUUAUGAAUGUCAGUCAGGAGAAAUGAAGUGAAAUCUAUUAAAAAAUAUUGAAGCAGCAACAAGAAAUUACAGGAUAAUCAAAAACUUUGUGAAAUAAUGGUAUAAUGUUUCUUUUUGUUGUCUGCUGAUGAUUUACUUUGUGUUUAAAGUUUUUGUGUGGGUUUUGUUGUGACCCUAGUUCAGCUUUACCCCACUUCAUACAUUUUUCUUUAUGUGUUUACAGAUUUUGAUCUUUUCUAUAGUCCAAAUAUCAAAAGUUGACUAAAAAAAAAAAGUCUUAAAAAAUGCAUUAGUUAAAAACCAUGGCCCAUGAUACAACAUUUAGAUGCUAGUUGCACUACUUUGUUCCACCUCUUUGUUAUUACACAGGAUUGUAAAAACAUUUUUCAUCAGCAUACUAGUAACUUUUUUUCUCUUUGGUGUUCAAACAACUUUCAUUUAAAUGGAUGUUGUUCUUGUCACUGUAGUGAUGUAUUCUUUAUUUAUCUAAUGAUAUUAAAACAAUUAUAACAAGGUAUCUGGAUAAUGAAAUCUAUUUUUAAAGUUUCCCUUUUUAUCUUUACCUGUCAGUUAAAAUGAAAAAUUUCUUUAACUAAAAUUGUUGAUAAUAAAAUAUUUUACCCUAUUAAUGUCAUGGAUAUGCCUAAUAAAAUCAUAACAGGAUAACAUCUUUAAUAUUGUGUACAGAUGAAUAUCCACAUAUUCUCUAAAGUAAAAUGUGUUUUGAUUUAAACAUAUUUCUUUUCACCACCCUGCAGGUAAAGAGACUGUUUAUGAAGUGACAGUAAGGACAGGCGACCAAAGGUCUGCCGGGACUGACGCCAACGUCUACAUCAUAAUCCAGGGGAGAAAAGGAAAAACAAAGGAGCUGUUACUGGAUGACCAUAGAAAUAAUUUUGAGAGAGGGAUGACGGAACAAUUUAAGGUUUGUCUCUGAUUUUUUUUUUUUAAAGUUUCAGUCAUUAACUCCACAUCCUGAUAGGAGAGCAAUGUUUGAUAGAGCUUUAAAAACUUUGUAAGUUAACACAGGUAACACAUUUGCUUCGUGCAUCUGUCAAGUGAGAUUUGGGAGUGGAAAAGGAUUGAGAAAAACAAAAAGUGAAAAGGGGGUGGGCGGUGGGGUGGUGUUAAGUGUUGUGAUUAAAUUAAACAUAGGUUUUUGUUGUUUUUUUUUAAAUUUUUGUUAAAGAUUAUACUUAAAAUUCAUCAAAUUACAUGCUCAUCUAUUGGUUAACUGCUUAGAUCCAUCCAAGUAAUGCAGCUAAUCUUGGAAGGUGGGGGUAGAAGGGAGCGAGGAGGUAAGUCGGAAGACAGUCAAACAGGUCAGGAAUUAAAAAAGGCUGUCUCUUCCGAAAUGGCUUCAGUUCAUCAGUUAAAGUGCAGCCGCCAGAAUGAGUUUGGGAACUUUCAUUCUUAAAAACUGCAUUAAGUUCUGGUCUGUUCCCAGGUUAUUGGUCUAUUCCCAUGUUAUAUUGUCAAAGUUUAGAAAAAUAUUUGUUGCACCUCAAAUUAUUUUUUUUGAAAUCCUUACAGGUGAAGGCAUUUGAUGUUGGUCCUAUCGAAAGCAUUAUCAUUGGCCAUGACAAUAAAAACCCGGGAGCUGGCUGGUUUUGUGAAGAUGUAAGUAUUUGUUUGUCACCAAUGGAAACCAUAUCAAAUUUUAAAGUAUUCCCUAGAGUGGUUCAGUAAACACUUGGUGGAUCUGUUGAAGGGCCUUAUUUGAUUGAACUUAGCAAUUUAUUGGACACAACAACUAUUCCCAAUAGGUAUAUUGAAUAAUUCAUUAGUUCGCCUUGAGACUUACGGAAGGUGCACUUUCACAAUUGCUGGCCCAACCAUUUGGAACACCCUUCCUGUUGCUCUCAGAAACAGCCAGACACUGGAGUCCUUCAAAACUGAUUUAAAAACACAUCUAUUUCGCAAACACCUGCUGGGGUGAUGUUGUCGACCAUCUUUUCCAGCUAGCUAUUAUCUCCUAGAUGUAUAUAUUGGCUUGUGUUGUUUAUGGUUACAAGAUAUGAAAGACUUUUGAAGGGGUAUGCUCAUAUGUGGUUUUUGUAAUGUUGUGUUUUGUAUUUCAAUGUGGUAGAAUAUAGGUUUUUUUUAAUUUCUCUUUAAAUAUGGAUAAGCCUUUGGGAAUGAAGUGUGAUUUUCAAAUAAACCUUAUUAUUAUUAUUAUUAUUAUUAUAUUUUAUCUUAAAACUAUAUAAUUCUAGGUGACUCAUACUCACAAAAUGUGCACUGUACGAAAUUUAGAGAGUUUAUAUUUUGUGAUAUAAUAAACAAGUUAAUUAGAUGUAAUUAUGUACACUCAGUUAUGUUAUUAGUUCUUACUUACUUAUGCCUUUUACCCUGUCUUGGGCAUACGCCGGCUUCAAGAAUUUUCCAUUCAACUUGGUCCUGUGCUUUUCUUUCCAGUUGCUUCCAGGUGUAUCUUACAUUUUGUGUGUCUGCCUAUAGCUCACGCCUCCAUGUAUUCUUAGGCCUUCUUUGUCUUUCUUUGUCCCUGUGGGUUCAACCUUAGGAAUUUUCUGUUGAUGUUAUCUUGGGGUUUGCGGAGAGUGUGCCCUAUCCACCUCCAUCUUUUCCUUAUGAUGUCUUAACCAAUAGGCUCCUGGUACAUUCUUUCCCAUAAGUCUUUUUUGAUGAUAUUGUUUGGCCACUCCAUGGUCAGAAUCUUUCUAAGGCAAGUGUUUGUGAAGGUCUGUACUUAAAGUACAUGUUAUGAGUGCUUAAACAUAAAUCAAUAUGUUAAAAUAAUUUGAAUGUGUAGAGAGGAUGUAUGCCAACUUCAAUGGUGCCUGGUCCAUGUUAAUUAUCAGCUGAACUAAACAAACCUUGUAAAUAAGGUUUCAAAACAACUUAAACUUAUCACAGUUAAUGAACCGUGGUGUCAUAAAUUAUAGAUGAUAGUACCCCAGUGUGAACCUUGGGUUUUGUACCUUCAAUUUAGGUCAAGGUUAGAAGAAAACUAGCCAAAGAUGAGCAAGAAGAGUUUCUGAGGAAGGUGAAGACCAAAGGAAAGCCAAAAGACAAGCGCAAGAAACUUCUGUCAGAGAAAUUAAAGACAUUAUCUCUGUCUGACCUGAGGAGGUCAAAGCUGGAUGAAGAGAGCGAGUCGGAAGAUGAGGAUGUGUUGACGGAGAAGGAUGUAUUCAAUGUUGAUGGUAAUCCUGUCAAGGUUAGUAGAUACAGCGAUCUGUUUUAUUUUAAAUAUUUUCCUGGGUUUUCACCAAUGUCACUUUUAUAUAAUUAUUAAAGAAGAGUAAAUUAAUUUUUUUUAAAGGUGGAAAAUUUGCAAUCAACAGUUUUGUAAAAGGAUUGUUUUUAUUUUUGCCCAAUACCUUUUGUUGCAAUACUUUAUGAUUAAUUAUUAAACAAUAUAUGUUGAAAAUCUCUGUUUUAUGAGGGGGUGGGUAUUUAAAACAUAAUUUAUUAAAGAUUUAAAUUGCCAUUUUCCAUUUUUUUUUAAAAUUAAAUUACAAAUAUCUAACGGUGGAUGAUUUCAGAUCCCUGAAUACGAAGAUUACAAAUUUGUUUGCCAUAGCUGGCUUGCAUUGGAUGAAGGCGAUGGCCUGUUGCAGAGAGAGCUGAAACCUGAAGAGACAAAGACUUUUUAAAAAGGACCUUUCAUUGUCCUCUGCAUCAAUUCCCUGAUCUCAGAUUUUUUUUCAACCUUUUUUAUUCCUUGACACAAAAUCUUUUAUUUAUGGAAACCAAGAUUUUUCUCAAUGUAACUUUUCGAUUCAUAUGCAAAGGUGAAAUUUUAGAUUUAGUGGCAUCUCCUGGGAAGAAAAAAUGAUGUGUGGGUUUUUUAACAAAGCAUGCACCACUCUCAGCCUGGCUAGGAAAUAAUUUAAAUAAUCAUGCCACGUACAAUAGUACUUGAUAUUGCUAGUAUAUUUUAACACAACCUUGAAACAUCCAUAGCUGUUCUCAGUCAAAUGUUCAUGGUUUACCCUUAACAGAAAUUGCUCAGCAUAGCAGCACCCUCUACAAAAUAAAACUAUUGUCAUUCACAACAUUGGUCAGUGUACAAGAAUUGACCUUCAAUCAAGCUGGCUUGAAUUUUUAUUAAUUAUAGUAAAAAAAUGUUUGCAGAAUGAUGUUUAAUCAGCUGCUGAAGGUAUCAUCAUAAAAAUUUGCCCUUUUAACAGACCACAGUACUUGCUAAAAAAAAAAAAGCGCCAAGAUCCAUGCAGCACUGUUUUGUGAUUAUGGAAUGUUUCAGGUUGAGAUUUCAAAACAUUCGGCUUAAUUUUGAAAUAAAGUCCUGAUGUAAUGGAAACACCUGAUUUAUAGGCUAAAAUUAUCUGAGGCCAGGACUCAAAGGUCAGGGGCGGGUCACAGGUCAUCAGGUCUUUUGGGAUAGAAAAACAUUUCAAAAGUACGGCUAACGUGCCUGUUGAGAUCCGCUCAAGAACAACAGCAUUUCAUUGGCUUCAUAUAAUUAGGCUGGAAAGUGUAAUCAAAUAUUUAAAAUGUAUGUUCAUGUUAUUUAUACACAUCUCAAUGAUCAUGCAACAUUUGUUUUCUUCCAGCACAAUUUGCUGUUACCAUUUUGUUCAUUGAUGUUUUAGGAAGCAGUUUUAACUCUCUGUUAGCACAUUUGUGAUAUGAACAUUGUCAGUACCAUAAGACUGGAUUUUAACCCCCAAAAAAUAUUUGUGAGCAAAUAUUUCUUCACAAUUAAUUGAUCAGAAGAUUUUUUUUGGUGUGGGUCAAUUAGCUUAUGAAAGGCUCAAAAUAAGCCUAAUGAUUUUGAUAACCCAGUUAUUAAGAUUAUAAAAUAAAUUCAGACAUCGAAUAUGGGGAAUCUUUUGCACUAUUUUCUGAAUGUUUUGUUUACACUUUUAAAACAUUUUUUUUUCCAUAUGAUUUACUGUAAAAAGAUAUUGUACAUCUUGUUAAAUAUUCCAUGUUUUUUGAUGAAAUGAAUUUAUAUUAUUACUGUGAGUGUAAUAUUAUUUUAUGCUAUUAAAAAAUUAUUGUUGAAUACUGAUCUCACCAGCUCUAUAAUAAUAAAUUUUAAGCAUACAAGUUGUUUUAUUGUCUGAUAAAUUAUAAGAUGUCUCACUAUAAUUUUAGAAAAUGUCAAAGUAAUAUUUUAAUUUCAAAAAUUUUUGUCAGGUUUUUUUUGUAUUUAAGAAUUUAUUUACCAUUUUGUGUAUAUAAAAACAACACAAAAAAAACCACAUUCUUCUAAUAUAGUUCUCAUAUUUGAGAUUUUAAUUUUAUUAUUUAAUGCAAGUAAUCAAAGGUUUAAGAUUAUAUAAAAUUUGAAAUGGUAAAUUAUCUGUCUCCAAAGCACCUCAUAUUAUUUUCUGAGUAGGCUGCAACUAAAAUUUAAUUUUAUUUGGUUGAAACCAGCCUAGACAGUAAAUGUUGAUCUACUUACAAUGUAUUGAUGAAUAUCUUACAAAUUCCCAGGUUCAUGUGAAGAAUUAAUUAUCUCCUAUUGGAGACAUUGUUUGAUUGUUGAAAUAGUAAUUAUUAUGCUUUUUUGUUUUCUUUUUAAAACAUUUUUUUAUGCUUUUGCAUUGCCAAAAAAAAAAAAAUGCACAAAUAUAAUAACUUGAAUGUUCUUUUGCCC